AUGACAAUAGAAGCUUCUUGACUUGACUUGACUUUAGACACACACUUGCUAAAUUUCCACUUCCUCCAAGUGGACAAACUGUAAAGAUUUCUCUUCUCUUAUUUAACUAAGGCAGUGUUAGGCAAUGCACCUUCAAAACAUGUUGCAGGAUCUAAAAAAUGUUAAUGUGAAGAAAAAGAAAUCUGGACACCAAACAUAUUUUGAAGAGUUUGACCCCUUUUAAGAUUUUGGAGUCAAGUAUUUUGUUUAGUUAAACAUAUUAUGCUACAAGCCAAUGACAGAUGUUUCCUUGUGGGAGAAGAUCGAGAAAAACAAGUUCUUAGAGCCAAAGAUAAGCUUAUAAAAUCAGUUUUCAGGAACAUUCUGUGAGAAAGUGAAGCCAGAAGACAAUGUAAUGAACUGGAGACUAUUUCACAAUGCCCCAUAACAGUGCAGUGUCCCAAGCUCUUAGCAACCAGAGUACUUGUAACUAACUGAAUAGUAAGAUCGUCUUGCUGGACCUGUAGCAGCUUACACAAAAGGACUAAUAAACAUAUAUCAACAGGAUGGCCAUGGUGGUACUACUUUGACGAUUGUGCUGAUGGCUUUAAUAAAUGUUAGUCGGAGAAAAUUCUGGAUCUUGUUAUUUGGAUCCUGGACUUCUGUCUUUGUGCUCUUGGUCUUGCUGAUUAUCCAAGAAAAGACAAAAAUGAGUUACAGGUCACUGAUGUUCAAAGAUGACACUAUAGAGGAUGAGUGUGACUGCAAGAAGAUUUUACAGGAGGACACCGAUGAGAUUGAUCAUGCCAAGCUUCUGACCGUUACAAAGGGUUUUAGGAACGCAACACAGAUCACUGAUGAAGAGUAUAUAAAGCAGACAAAAGACUGCAAAAAGUUCCUUAGGACUCGUAAGUACAUCCUAUUCCCACUUAGUGAGGAGGAGGAAGCAUUCCCGGUGGCAUAUUCUAUUGUAAUUCACCACAAGGUGCAGAACUUCGAGAGGCUCCUCAGGUCCAUAUACAAUCCUCAAAAUUUCUACUGCAUUCAUUUGGACAAAAAAGCUGCUGAGUCAACUAUGAGGGCAGUCAGCAACAUAGUCUCUUGCUUUGAUAAUGUUUUCUUGGCUAGCCAGUCUGAAGAGGUGAUCUACGCCAGUUGGAGUCGCGUGCAGGCUGACAUCAAUUGUAUGAAGGAUCUUUACAGGGUCAGCAGCCACUGGAAGUAUUUCAUCAAUCUUUGUGGGCAGGAUUUCCCCAUCAAAACCAAUCUGGAGAUAGUGCGUGCUCUUAAAGCACUAGCUGGUGCCAACAGCCUGGAAUCUGAAAUCACACCCCCUCACAAGGAGAACAGAUGGAAAAAAAGCCACCAAGUAAUAAAUGGCAAAAUCAAAAAUUCCAACCAAGACAAAAAUCCACCACCCUUUGGCAUAAAGAUGUUCUCAGGUGGUGCAUACAUCGUGGUCAGUCGUGAUUUUGUAAACUAUGUGCUCAACGACCCUAAAGCUCAGGUGCUCAUAUCUUGGCUAAAAGAUACAUACAGCCCUGAUGAAAUAAUUUGGGCAACAAUGGAACGCAUCCCUGGAGUCCCAGGGUUUCUCCGUGCACAUGCUAAAUUUGAUAUCUCAGACAUUUACAGCAUCUCCCGACUAAUCAAAUGGGGAGGACAUGAGGGGGAAGUGUACCCUGUAUGUCAGGGUAUUCACGUUCGGGAUAUUUGUGUAUACGGGGUUGGGGACCUUUACUGGAUGCUACAACAGCACCAUUUAUUUGCUAAUAAGUUUGACACUGAUUUCGACCCGAUUGCCAUUCGGUGCUUAGAGAAGUACCUCAGACACAAAGCACUUACAAAUAUUUAUCAUUACUUGUAGUGUAAGGCCAAAAGGCUUUGCGAUUUGCAUUUUAAAAACACUGGAUUAUAUAAAGGUGGACAUUCUUUAUUGCUAUAACCUCUAAACUAAACUCGUCUGGAAAGCUGUUCCACUCAUGGAAAAAUGAAGGAAAUAUGCAAAUGGUGUAUGUUUACAAUUUUGGGGGUUUGCAUACUGAUAUGAUGGUAUAAUUUGAUGUUUAAUAUAUGUUACCUCACUAUGUUUAAAUACCAGAUAUUAUGUAGAAAUAUGGAGGUGAAUGCCAGGCAAAAAGCAAAAAUGCAGAUUCUUCUUGGACAAUUAUUAAACAUGUUGGUUAGAUAAAUCUUAACAUUUUUAAUACUGUUUAAUUUGUUUACAAAGCCUCAUACCACAAGGAGCAUUUCAGGAGUUUUAGCAGCUAACAGCUUGCCCCUUUUAAAUAUGUCUUAAAUCAGUCCAUGACAUCAUAAAAAAAUGUAUAAGUGAUGUUAUUCACUGCUUAUAGAAUUAUCAAGGUUAACAAGGACAAAUGUUUUUGAAUGCAUUACCUACAUAUAUGUAUUUAUUACGCCUAUGUUUGAUUUUACCCAAAUGAAUAUGGCUUCCCAAUUGACUCUGGUGUCUCUCGACGGUUCUUCACCAUGUCAUCUCAGGGAAUUUUUACUUACCUCGGUCGCCUCUAAUUUGCUUAUUUAUAUCUACAUAUAUCUGCAUUUCUGGUUUUCUGACUGUGCCUACUGUUAAAAAUACUACAACAAUAAAUAUGGCAUCAUUGGAGAAUAAGGAAAUUGAAUUUGCAUAGAGAAUACAAGAUUUGGUUUUCUUUCUUAUCUUUCUCAACGGUGUAAACAUGAGUUUAUCACAGAAUAUACAUUUGUGACGUGAUAAUGCUAUCAGAUCUGUGAUCAACCAGAUAGUUAACGUGAUAAACAGGACACGAACACACACUCGACAUGCAUGCAAACUCAACAAACAUCCUCUUUGUCUAAGCAUCUUUCUCUCACCCCCGCACAACCAUGCAUUCAGCUACCGUACACACUUGUGUACACUCACCUGGGAUCAUAGAGUCUUACCAUCUGUCCUGCUCAGUGAUUUUCCUGCUCAACAACAAGAUCAAUGAAACACAAUGCAGCAUUUCCAUUUUCCUUAGUCUUUAUUAAAAAAGUUUUUUUUUGUUUUUUUUUUAUUGUAACACCUCAUAAUAUCUCUCACAAUACCUUCAUAAUGUUCUUGUAUGUGUUUAGUCUAGUUUAUGCAAAGUUGUUGAAGGUUAAUGAAUGACAUAUUAAUGUGUUAAUGAAAGAUAGUGCUUAAAGGGGAAAAGAAGAUUAUUUUUUUUAGUUCCUUGUUUGGGAAAAAAGUUAUAAAUAUAAAAAAUAAUACAGUUCAUUAUUAUACAUUUCAACUCCUUGUGUUGUGUAUUUGUAAGCUUAAAAUGUAUAGUUAUACACUUCAAAAACUUGACCUAGAAAGUUCUCAUUGUCAUUGUGCAAGGCUGUGUAUGUAUAUGUGUAUACAUAUACACACACACACACACACACACACACACACACACACACACACACACACACACACGUGUGUAUCAUCGACACAGACGAGUCAUAAUACUUUUUUUGGUCAAAUGUUCCAUGGUAAAAAAAAAGAUAAUAUAGAUUUUAUUAUACAAUGUUUCAGGUAGAUAUCAAGUUUGAACAUGCUGAAGAUAUAUAUAGAUUUCUCUCUAUAUUAAAAUAUAAUUUUUUUUAAGUUAAACUGUACAUUUAUGGCUUUGCACAAUUACAUGAGGUGAA